GUGGCGGAACCUUGCGUAUCGUCCAUUCAACAAUCGUUCCCUCCUCGCAGAACUUGCUGCGCAAUGCUUGCUCCAGUUCUUGGUGUGUGGUCAGUUUGCGUUGCUGAUGUAUUUAACAUGUUGUUCGGAGAAAAUUACCGCAACAAAGUUAUUGGCUAGUUGAAGAAUAUUGCCUUGUUUGCAAUACAUGCUAAUAGUAUUUAGUUGCUGUUUAUGCAGAAGAAAAAGUAUAUUUUUGAGUUGCUUUCCGAUUUUGUAAAAUUACUAAUAUUCUCUGAUGUAUUUUCUUAAUUUAUUGUUCAGUUAGUGUUAGCUGUAUUCAUCAUUAUUUAUUACAACUAAAAUCACGAGUAGGAAAACAAGUUUUGAAAGUAGUUUCCAUAUCAAAACAAGUAUUACAUCAAGUAUUCCGUAUCUGAAGUUUAUGUCACUUCGCAAAAACUUUCGUAAUUCUUUUUCUCUUUAAAUCACAACGAUUGCUUGACGCUUAUUCAAAUUUUUACAAUAUGUGCAUAAUCUUAAAAUUUACUUCGGUCUGAAGCGCGGAAUUCGGAUCAACGAUGUGCGGUGAAAUUUCUCUUUGUAGAUUUGAGCUUUUUCAGAAAACUCUGAAAGUGUAUGUAACAUUGUUCGGUGUUAUAGUGAUUAUGGGCCUAUGCCAAGAAGCAAGUGCCAUGAUGACAAGUAUUAAAGGACCGUACAACAAUCGGACGUUCUAUGAAAGAUUUUACAAUUACUGGUCACUGGAUUAUGAUCCUGAAAGAGGAUUGUUUCCAUCUGUAAAUAAUUUAGCUGCUAAUGCAAUCAUCAGUGCAAAUGCAACAUGUGGGGAAGAUAAGCCAGAAAUCUAUUGUAAAUUAGUAGAACAUGUGUUCAUGAGAGAACCUCAGUGUGGCCUGUGUAGUGCGCGCAGUGACAAUCCUGAACAUAGGCAUCCAAUUAUAAAUGCCAUAGAUGGUACUAAUCAGUGGUGGCAAAGCCCAACAUUACAAAAUGGGAAACAUUUUGAGUGGGUGACCAUUACAUUAGAUUUAAAACAGGUUUUCCAAAUUGCAUAUGUUAUUGUUAAAGCUGCAAUAUCACCUCGUCCAGGAAACUGGAUCCUUGAACGAUCUAGGGAUGGAAUAAGUUACAAACCUUGGCAAUACUAUGCAAUUAGUGAUGCAGAAUGUUGGGAAGCUUUUGGAAUUCGUCCAACAAUGGGAAAGCCUCGUUACAGAAGUGAUGAUGAAAUUAUCUGCACAUCUUAUUAUUCAAAGUUGAACCCAUUAGAAGGUGGUGAAAUUCAUACAUCUCUAGUCAGUGGUAGACCUGGAGCUGAAGGCCCCAGCGAUACUCUAAGAGAAUUUACUACAGCUCGAUAUGUAAGGCUCAGGUUACAGAAAAUUCGCACAUUAAAUGCUGAUCUUAUGACCAUGCAGUCCAGUGAUCCCAAUAAGAUUGAUAAAUCUACCACACGACGGUAUUUUUAUUCAAUAAAGGAUAUAUCAGUUGGAGGUCAGUGUGUUUGUUUUGGCCAUGCUAAAUAUUGUCCAUUAAAUUGCGAAACAAACUUGCUUCAGUGUAGAUGUGAGCACAACACUUGCGGUGAGAACUGUGAACAGUGUUGCCCUUUGUACCAACAAAAGCCAUGGCGACCUGGUCGGGUGAAUGAUGGUGCUGCCUGUGAAAAAUGCCAGUGUUAUGGGCAUACAGAUGUGUGUUUUUAUGAUCAAACUGUUGCUGAUAAGAAAGCAAGUUUAAAUAUUUAUGAAGAGUAUGAAGGAGGUGGUGUAUGUAUUAAAUGUAAGCAUCAUACUACUGGAAUUAACUGUGAGCAAUGUGAAGAUGGUUACUACAGGCCUUUGGGAGUUGAAAGAUCGGAUCCUGAGCCAUGUCGCAGGUGCCGUUGUGCUGGACCAGGUGUUACAGGAUUUUGUUUCAAAGAUGAUUCUCAUGUAUUGGAAGGGGUGUAUCCAGGUGACUGUAUUUGUAAAGAAGGUUUUGCUGGCAGCAAAUGUGACCGUUGUGCUUUGGGAUAUCAACAGUAUCCAAUCUGUGCACGUUGCCCUUGCAAUCCUGCUGGAACCGAUGGAGAAACCACAUGUGAAAUACAGUGUAUCUGCAAAAAAAAUGUUGAAGGACCUCGCUGUGACUUCUGUAAGCCUGGACAUUAUAAUUUAGACGCUGAGAAUUCUGAUGGCUGCACACCUUGCUAUUGUUCUGGAAAAACUAAUAGAUGUGAGCCAAAUGAUUGGGGAGUGAGAGUGAUCUAUUCUUUAGAUGGUUGGAGGGUUACUGAUCUGCAUGGUCUUCGUAUAAUUAAACCUGAUUACAAUGGUUAUCUAAGAGUCACAAAUAAUGCCAUGUCUGGAUAUGAUAAUUAUUACUGGAUGGCACCACCUGAAUAUCUGGGCAAAAAGCUUUAUUCAUAUGGUGGAGAACUCAGGUAUGUCAUUGGAUAUUCUGUAAUUGAAGAUGAUGGUAUUCAAAGUGAUGCUCCUGGAAUCAUCCUAGAGGGAGUAGGAAUACGUAUUGGAUACUAUUUUGGCUCACGAAAAAUUCAAGGAAAUAUAACGGUAACACUUCCUCUGCAAGAGCGUGCUUGGUCACAGUUGACUGCUGCUGGUAAAAGAAGCAGAGUUGUGACUAAAGAAACAUUUGCUGCUGUUAUGAAUAAUAUUACAAGACUGCUGAUACGGGCAAAGUAUCAUCCAGAUCAAGUUGUUGGAAUACUGUAUAAUGUAGAAAUGGAAAUAGCAGAUAGAGCAUCUAGUAGUUUGAAAAAAAUGCUGACUGUUGAAAAAUGUGAAUGUCCACUUGGUUAUGCAGGCCUGUCUUGUGAGUUAUGUGAACUUGGAUACAGAAGAGUAAACAACACUCUGCAUCGUGGAAUAUGUGAAUUAUGUGAAUGCAAUGGCCAUGCAAAUUCAUGUGAUCCUUAUACUGGUUACUGCAUUAACUGUGCUCACAACACAACUGGUCAUCACUGUGAAAUGUGCGUUGAAGGAUUUCAUGGCAAUCCAUUGAGAGGGAGUCCAGAUGACUGUCAACCUUGUGCAUGUCCUUUACUGAAUUCUGAAAAUAAUUUUUCUCCAGUAUGUAAAGAUAUUGUAACACAUGGUGCGACUGAUUAUGUGUGUACAGAUUGUGGUCUGGGUUAUGCUGGGAGAAAAUGUGAAAGAUGUGCAUCAGGAUUUUUUGGAACACCUGGUUCUCCUGGAGGGUUUUGUCAGCCAUGUAAUUGUACUGGAAAUGUCAAUACAUUUGAUCCAGAUUAUUGUGAUCAUAUCACUGGUCAGUGUCUGAAAUGUAUUGGCAACACAGGAGGUUGGCAUUGUAAUGAAUGUUUGGAGGGACAUUAUGGAAAUGCUUAUCAUCAUGUUUGCAAACCAUGCGGAUGUAGUCCUUAUGGUUCAGAGAGCUCAGUCUGUGACAGUGCCACUGGUCUGUGUGACUGCAAACUUAACUAUGAAGGAAGAGAAUGUGACCGCUGUAUCAGUGGAUUUGGCAAUGUUGAACUUGGUUGUGUUCCAUGCCAGUGCAAUAAAACAGGCACUAAGAGAAACAGAGAGGAUCAGUGUGAUCCUGUAUCUGGAAAAUGUGACUGUAAACCUGGAGUAUUUGGCCUGAAGUGUGAUACUUGUCUUGAAGGUUACUAUAGCUUCUCUGAAAAUGGGUGCAAGUGGUGUGGCUGUGAUGUUAAUGGAGCUCUUAGCGUGCAGUGUAAAGAUCCUAGUGGACAGUGUAUAUGUAAAAAUAAUGUAAUAGGAAAAAACUGUAGCAGCUGUAUUCCUGGAUUUUGGAAUUUGUUAUCUGGGAAAGGGUGUGAAAAGUGUAAUUGUCAUUCUGUUGGCUCAGUAAGUGAGAUUUGUGAUGAGUUGUAUGGAACUUGCAAAUGCCAUCCAGGAGUUGGUGGUGAUAAGUGUGACAGAUGUCUACCUGGAUAUUAUGGACUUUCGGAAACUGGUUGCAAAAAAUGUGAACCAUGCAAAAAUUCUGGACACAUUUGUGAUCCAAAUACUGGAUUGUGUAUAUGCCCACCAAAUACUGAAGGAGAAUAUUGCCAAAGAUGCACUUCUUCAUCUUGGGGUUAUGACCCUUUACAUGGAUGUAAACCUUGUGACUGUGAUAAACAAGGCUCUCCUAGUGAUGAUAUUUGUGAUGUUGAUAAUGGUAACUGCAUAUGUUAUGAAAGAUUUGAAGGUCGUCGUUGUGACAAGUGCCGUUUUGGACAUUAUGAAUUUCCUUCUUGUCAUAAAUGUGAGUGUCAGUAUGAUGGCACUGAAUCUUCGCAAUGUACUGUUGAAGGCCUCUGUCAGUGUGAUAACAUUGGACAUUGUCCCUGUAAGGAAAAUGUAAGAGGUGUUAAAUGUGAUGUUUGCAAGCAAGGAACAUUUGGUUUGGCUGUAGAUAAUCCAAAAGGCUGUUAUGAAUGCUUUUGUUUUCUGCGCUCCACUACUUGUAAACAAGCUGAAAUGGUUUGGGCACAGAUCACUACUCCACGCCGAGAAGUUCAAUUUGAAUUAGGAAAUACUCCUCUUGGAUUGUCAUCACAGAAAUUUCUACUCAUUCCUGGACAAACUGGCAAUGUAAAACUUGGAAUACGUUUUGUAUUACAAGAGCCUAUAUAUUGGAUGUUGCCGAAGGAGUUCUUAGGAGAAAAGACCAGAUCGUACAAUGGUGUGCUGAAAUUUCACAUCGAGAGUCAUCAUUCUAGUCGGUAUCCUGAUCCAUUGUUGUUCAAGUAUCCUCUUAUUCUUAUUGAAGGCAAUAAUCGUAACAUUGUCCAUUCACCAUUUCUUCCAGUUACUGGUGGAAAAUAUAGUAUUCGUUUGCAUGAGGAUGAAUGGUCACAGUUGGAAGUGCCUGAAAUUCCUGUGACAAGAAUGCUUAUGAUGUUUAUUCUUCAGAAUGUCCAACAUAUUUUUAUCAGAGCAACUGAAGGUGCAGAUGUAAAAAUUGCAAGUGGACAUUUGCUCAGGCUGAGAGAUGUAAGAAUGGAAACAGCUGUGCCUAUAACACCCAAUCCAGUUUCACCAUAUGUUGCAGUUGGAAUUGAAGUUUGUGAUUGUCCCAAGGAGUAUGGAGGUUUAUCGUGUCAGGAUCCAGGCAAAGGUUAUUAUCGAAAACGAAAACUCAACUUUGAAAAUAGUACUGAUUUGUUAGAUCAGAUUGGUAUUUCGGUUCCUUGUCCUUGCAAUAACAGAAGUGAAGUGUGUGAUCCUGAAACUGGUUAUUGUCAGAAUUGUAGAGAAAAUACAGCUGGGGCAUUUUGUGAAUUGUGUGCCAAAGGGUUUUUUGGGGAUCCAUUUAAAGGUCCUUGUCGUCCUUGUGAAUGCCCAUUGGUUGAUAACAGCUUUAGUGACAGUUGUGAAGGCAAUAUGUUAGAUCAUGUUUGUACUAACUGCCAAGUUGGUUAUGAAGGUAAACAUUGUGAAAGAUGCUCUCGAGAAUUUUAUGGUACUCCUGCAGCACCAGGUGGGAGUUGUAAACCGUGUAACUGCAACAAGUAUGGAUCAUUCAAUUACACAUGUGAUCGUAUGACUGGACAGUGUCAUUGCAGAAGAGGAAUAACUGGAAGAGAUUGUACUCAGUGUAAAGCUCGUCACAUACUCACUCAGACUGGUUGCAAAU